AUGGAUCUAGUUGUUGCCGUACGGUCUGUGAAAACUAGUUGCACAUGUGAAACCAAUAAGAUCUCAAUGCCAGUAACUCAAAUGUUGUCCACUGCAACAUUUGUCUGCGCUGCAACACGCACUAUUCCGUUCUACUUGUGUCCAUCUCCUCGUGGAUCUGGCGUCCGUGGUGCGAUAAGCACUGCGGUUGUCCACGAGAACGCGGGGGAGGAUGAGCCUGUGGUUGUGACGGGCGAAGGCGGCCAUUGUGGCCCCGACAGUCUACGAUGUGGGCACUGGCGGAGGAGUAGAGGGCUGCGGUGGCCCGGCAGAUUCCGGUCGCCGUCGUGGGGCUUUGGAGAUUUAACUGCUUUUACUGCAGUCAUAAAAACAAUCUGCACAUUUCAUCAACUUUUAUUCAAGGACGUGAAUUGCAGUUUAUAAAAAGUUCCUUUGGAUAAACGAGAACAUUUUCGUGUGACAGGAGCAAGGUGGUGAACUCUGCCGAGUCUUCGUGGCGUCUUGCAAAUGAAGAGGAAUUUUACUGAAGAGCAAGGUGAGUCGCAGUUUAAUCAUCUCACUUCUGGUCAACAUUGGACUUGUGGAACCUCAGAGCGAGCCAACAUCAGCGGUGAGCGACUCGUGCAUCGUGACUCCACGGCAGCCCUGUGUGCGACAA